UAAAACAACACUGGUAUGAAACAUUCUAAAAUGCCAUAUUUGAGACUAAGGGGGAGGGAAAUAUAUUCAAUAAUGAAUUAACAAUGACUUCAAUUUCAGUCUGUUCCUCACACAACCCAAGCCUCUUUUUUUUUUUUUUGGGCUUGACCGAGUCCUUUCCUGUUCAUUUUUAUUGUAUGGAAAAGAGCAGCUUGGACAUUCAGCAAAAUGUCUCGUUCUGUGUUUCUCACAUGAAAGAAAUUCAUACACUGAGUUCUUAAUGAGUUUUAAGUGAUUUUGGAUUUGUUUUUCUAAGUAAAAUAUCAAAAAUUCCUUAAAAAAAGCAACACUGUUUAAGAUAUAGCGACUUGUUUUCAGAGAAUGUAUCUUUAACACUAGUGUUUUUGUGCAGUACUGUCAGAGUUUUUUACUUUUUUAAAGUAUAAACAAGAAGUCAAAAAAUCUGUAAGUGCAGUAAAUAUAUUCAAGAUAAAAUGUAUCCUAAUAUAACAGCAUGUCAUUAUACAGCGUUGCUUCAAGUAAAUGAUCUCAUUUUAGAGAGUUUUUAGAAAAUUCAACCGUAAAACAAGACAACAACACUCAUUAAGAACACUUAUCAGUACAUAAUAACCUCUAAUGAAGUCUUUUAACAGUGCAUUUCUUCAUUAAACCAAACCAACAACUGACUAGCCAUUGAAAACCUGCACUUUCUCAAAGCUGUUCCCUAAUUAGUCUACGCAGACGUGUUUGAUAUCUCUCUUAGAAGUCGUGUGAAGAUGGUAAACCACAAAGCAGAAAAAAAAACCCAAAAAGGUUUGACAGCUUAGUACAGCGAAACACAGUUUAACCUUCCACUAGACAGAUCAGCUAAUUAACAGCAUCCACAACACACACACCAUUGGUCCACAGCCAUAUUGAACAAGCUCCGGUGUGAAAGAAUCACAGUCUCUCGGCAGGCAGAGAGGGCUUGUGUGAUGAAGCGCUCUGAUUGGCCGUUGCUAUAACAAUAGGGGAGGAGAGACAGCCAAGUGGGGGUGGAGACCCAGCAUGAUUAUAAAAUCCUUCAGAGAGACACAUUUGCUUCCUGUAUGUGUUUAUUUUUUUAUUUAUUUUCUGUUAUGUUUUCCCGCAUCUCCUCCUGUCAGAAUGCUCUCUCAUGAGCAGAAGUAGGAGGGAGCACAGAUAGGACGCAAGACAAACGGCUGUGCCUCUCUCUACUGCAUGCACGCGUGCAAUGCGUGCUGCAGACUAAAUAAGACACCUCCAGUUUUGGAUUAUCUGUCUGGCGGUGCGCUGACUGCCUCCAGACCUGGAGGCCGCCCUCCUCCUCCUCUUUCUCCUCCCUUUCACACUGAAGGAAGAGUAGAGUAGAGACGGUCUACUGUUUGCCUCCUGCAGACUCCAGCCACUCCUGACUUCUGGUCCAGCGACAUGAAUAAGAUGAAGAACUUCAAGAGGCGUUUCUCACUUUCUGUGCCACGAACAGAGACGAUAGAGGAGAAUGAGUUUACUGAACAGAUAAACCAGCUCAACAUCCACUGCAAUGACGGUGUGGUGCCCAAUAGUUUGGGUUUACACAGCCUGCAGCCCAGUCCAGUGGCUCCAGACAGCCAGGCUGAAUCUCCCACCGAACUGCAGUACCGCAACAAAGUCCAGCACCGCCGAUUCUCCAUGGAGGAUGUAACAAAGAGGAUGUCUCUGCCCAUGGAUAUUCGUCUCCCACCAGAGUUUCUGAAGAAGUUACAGAUGGAAAGCCCUCCACCGUGCAAACCGCUCAGCCGCAUGUCCAGAAGAGCCUCGCUGUCGGACAUUGGCUUUGGGAAACUGGAGACCUAUGUGAAGUUGGGCAAACUCGGAGAGGGCACAUACGCAACGGUAUUCAAGGGCCGCAGCAAACUCACAGAAAACCUGGUGGCCCUGAAAGAGAUUCGUCUGGAGCAUGAAGAGGGCGCCCCAUGCACGGCCAUACGGGAAGUGUCGCUGCUGAAGAACCUGAAACACGCCAACAUCGUAACGCUGCAUGACAUCAUCCACACGGACCGAUGUCUCACCCUUGUCUUUGAGUAUCUGGACAGUGACUUGAAGCAGUACCUCGACAACUGUGGAAACCUAAUGAGCAUGCACAAUGUGAAGAUAUUUAUGUUCCAGCUUCUUCGUGGUUUAUCAUAUUGUCAUAAAAGGAAGAUCCUCCACCGGGACCUGAAGCCUCAGAAUCUGCUCAUUAAUGACAAGGGAGAACUCAAACUGGCAGACUUUGGUUUGGCCAGAGCAAAAUCAGUCCCAACAAAAACCUAUUCGAAUGAGGUUGUGACCUUGUGGUAUCGACCUCCCGAUGUCCUGCUGGGUUCCACAGAGUACUCAACACCGAUAGACAUGUGGGGCGUGGGCUGUAUCCUGUACGAAAUGGCGACAGGCCGUCCCAUGUUUCCUGGAUCGACUGUCAAAGAGGAACUACACCUGGUAUUUCGCCUCAUGGGCACCCCAACUGAGGAGAGCUGGCCCGGAAUCACAGCUAAUGAGGAAUUCAAAUCCUACCUGUUUCCUCAGUACAGAGCACAAGCGCUCAUUAAUCAUGUGCCCAGGCUUGACACAGAGGGAAUAGAUCUUCUUACCGCUCUACUGCUGUAUGACACCAAGCGCAGGAUUUCGGCCGAGUUGUCUCUGAGACACUCUUACUUCCUGACUCUGGGCGAGAACAUUCACUCCAUACCUGACACCUCAUCUGUGUUUUCACUGAGGGAGAUCCAGCUACAGAAGGAUCCGGGACACAAGAGCUCAGUAUUCCAGCCGCCAGGUCGAGGCAAGAACCGCAGACAAAGCAUAUUCUGAGGACAAAAAUCAAAGUGGUGUGCAUGGAGAGAUCGCCAGAACAAAACCAUUAUGAAGCAACCAGCUUUGUUUCUCCAUCCAAAACAUGCAUGCAUGCAUGCAUCCAUUCACAUACACACCAAUUUAUUAGUCAGAAAACGGACUGUAUAGAAGUGAAUCAUCCUCAGUCAUAACAUGAGCUGGUUACAAGUGUAACCAAGGCUCAAAUCAAAUCUCUCCUACAAUUUAUUGCAAACCUAAAAACCACACUGAUCCUAAAGCUCAAAGCUUUAAAUGGAAAGACAUUUAGACUUGAGUUCAGCCUCUUCUCCGCCUAUAUCUAGUAGUAUUUUCAGACGUCCAUUGUAUUUUUAAUUGUGCGUGUAUGUGUAUGUGCAAGAAACAUGAUAGCUUCAUGUCCUAAUUUUCCACCGAGUGAAAUUUCCUUCAUUUCUGUUUGAGGUUUGACUUGUUUUGCCAUACGUGUUUGAUGAGUUAUUGCACAAGCUGAUAUUGCGGUUUAUUUCAUAAGCAUUCAUUCAGUACUAUAAUACAGAGAAGAGCUGACACAUUAAACAUGUAAAUUGUCAUAGAAAUAUUUGAGCCAUUGAAUAGAGAAUUACUUGAAUUCUAUCAUGAUACCAUUUAAGUUCAACUACUAAAGGUGCUGUAAGUGAUUUUAGAACAGAAUUCUUCUAAAUCCCACCCUGUCCACAAAAUGAUUGACAGGCAAAGAGUGUAUCUGGCUAGAAAAAAAGCUGUACUUGCUUACAGCAUCUUUAUCUAGUUACUAAUAUAUGAAAUCUUCAAAAGGUGCCUUUUGCAGACCGUAAGAGAUGAUGGGGUCCAAUUUUACACCUUUCGAAAAACCAUCUACUUCAAUCUCCUCGAGGAUCUCGGUCCUUUCAAGUAAUUGCACAUGCAGAUAUUCGUUUUGCCAUUUAAGCUAAUUGCUACUCCGUAUUUGCACAUGGCAUGCAAGUGUCCUGGACCUGAAACCUAAUGUUGUUCACCUUCUCCUACUGUAUCUUGUAGUUUAAAAAUGAAAGCACUAUGCCUCUUUAUUGUAAAUGGCACGGAGCACAAGCAAGUUUUACAGUGGACAGAAAUGAAAAGCUUAGUUAUUUAAAGGCCACAGAAAUAUUGAGAAUGAGUGACAAAGAGGAAAUUCUAUCAAAUAUAAUGACUUAAAAGGAUUUAGUUUAACGUUACUGCAGCAGCGGCACUAAUUUAUGUGUUUUGUGGUAAAUGAAAAUAUUUUAAAUACUCUAUUGAAAAGAAUUAAUAUAUAAAUAUAUGUAUUUUGACAAGUGUUUUCUUUAUUCUCAGUGAACUUCUGCCAGAAAAAAAAAAAAAAAAAACUAUGGUAUUAAAUGAACUUAGAUGAUGUCUAAAUGUUUUAUAAAAGAUUUAGAUUUUUGUAUGCAAUGUGAUAUUAAAUAUUUUGUGUGAUUUGUCUAUUCUAUUAUGAUAUUCUGAAGCUGAAUGUAUUGUGACUGCGAAAAUGCCAAAAAUAAUUAAAUAAUAAACUAAAUAAAUGAUGA